CUCCUUCCUUGGAAUCUCUAUCCCCACUCUCUCUCUUUCUCUCUCUCCCCCAAAAAUUAAUUCUAGCAAACUAGCUCUAUAUAUGUAAGCUAUACAUAACAUAACCCAUCAUCAAAGCAAUCAAAAAGAAGCUUUUGCUUUGGGGCUUUGGUGUUUCUAUUGCAAUAGCUGAGCUUGAAUUCUUCUCUCUUUUGCUUUCUUCCUUCUUUGUUUCUUGUUCUUGUUGGUUAAAGGAGUUUCCUCUUCAUAAUUAAUUUGUCAAAGAAAGACAUCAUGUCGAGCUGCAUCGAUGCUGUGCCUGAGCAACUCUGCUACAUCCCCUGCAACUUUUGCAAUAUUGUUCUCGCGGUAAGUGUUCCAUGCAGCAGCUUAUUUGACAUCGUGACCGUCCGAUGCGGGCACUGUACCAAUCUGUGGUCCGUGAACAUGGCCGCUGCCUUUCAGUCACUGUCCUGCCAAGAUGUCCAGGCACAAAACCAAAACGCACAGAAUUACCGGAUUGAUUCGGGUUCAUCAUCCAAAGGCAACAGGAAGAUUGCAACCAGAGACUCCAUUGCAGUUCAUCAUGCCACAGAGGAUAGGGGUGUCAACCGACCUCCCGAGAAGAGGCAGCGCGUACCCUCUGCUUAUAACCAGUUCAUAAAGGAGGAGAUUCAGAGGAUCAAGGCCAAUAACCCUGAUAUUAGCCAUAGAGAAGCUUUCAGCACUGCUGCCAAAAAUUGGGCGCACUUCCCUCAUAUUCACUUUGGGCUGAUGUUGGAGACCAACAAUCAGGCUAAGCUGGACAAUGGCUCUGAGAAACAUCUUCUGUCGAGGGCUGCACUACUGAAAUGAUCACCGUCAUGAUGAUUCCGGCCACAUAAGCAGUGAUCGAUGGAUAUCAAAGGAGUACAAGAUUUGGCUUGACCCUUACUGCUUUGUUGUUUUAAGGACAUUCAUACUCUUCUUCUUCUUCUUCUUCUUCAUAUUCUCUGUGUUUGUCAUCAGUUAUGCUUAGGGGAUUGUUUCUACUUGACUUAAAAGUAGUAAAGUAUACCCUAUGUACUUCAAUCACUUUGUCAUCUUAAUUUAUCAAGGCUUGUUUUGCUUUCCUAAUGUCAUUACGAUUUUAUAUUGAUAAUACAUUUUAGUAUCCCAU